GACGGAAGGGAUGGCUUGAAAUUUGAGGAAAAGUUGCGUUUAUGUCGCGAACGACAAGAGGAUGAGAGACAGAGACGGUUACAGGACAUAGAGAUAUCUAUACAACAGAAGGGGAGAUAUCGGACGCAAGUGGAGGACGAGAGGCGCCGGAAGAUCGACGAGUUAAAGGUCAAGGACUUGGAGAAGAGGUCGGCCGUCGAGGAGCGCAAGAAACUGAUUUGGGAGGCGGAACAGGAGCGUAAGGAAGCGAUGGUUCGGCGAAGUAUGGAUAGGGAUAACAAACUGGAGGCCAAACGACUGGCCCAACGAAACAACACUAGUUUCGUGUUCGGCAGCUCAACGCCCCGUACCCUAGACCUGGACCUACCAUCGCUGGGCGGCAGUCGACAGACACUACUGUUCGCCACUCCUAAUCGACCCGCAGAUGAGAAUCAACACAAUUCCAGACGGAGACCAAUAUCUGCCUACUAUUCCGACGACUUUCACAGUGAGUUUCUCACUCCCUGUCCCCUCACCUUUCCGUCCGAAGUGUGUCUGAAGAGCACCUGA